AUGACCCGCCCCACGACGCUGAGCCUGCUCGAGCGUAUCAACCCCAACCCCUUCAUGGCUCGUGGAACUAAGCAGGGAAUGGAGUACCAGCCGUCCCAGCGCAAGAGGAAGAACAAGCACGGCUUCCUCUCCCGCCUCCGCACCCGUCUGGGACGCAAGACCCUCGCCCGCCGGAGGGCUAAGGGCAAGCGCAACCUUUCCCACUAG